AGCCUGACCUUUUGGUUAAUAUAAACAGCUAUUCUCCCCCAGUCUUAUAUCAUCAGUUUCCUCUUUCUAGCUGGCCAAACACUCCCUCAAAAGCAAAGGAAGUCUCGAGUACACUCCCUCACCGAUGGCUUGCGCAAGCUCAGCUUUGAGAAUCAUCUCUUCCUCGGCCAAACUAGCCAACCCAAGAUCACAGUACACCUCUUUGCCCACCAACACACUCAUACCCAUCAAGCUCUCAAACCCCUCUCUCACCGACAGCCUGAAACUCCGAUCAUCCACUACACAAAACCCCAAAUUCUCGCUAUCCAGAAGAUCAUUCACUUGCAAAAGCCAGAUCGACCCAUCCGAGCCUUCUAGACCCGCCAAAGUCCAGGAACUUCACGUGUACGAGUUCAACGAGCGUGAUCGUGGAAGCCCUGCCUACCUACGAUUGAGCCAGAAAUCGGUCAAUGCCCUCGGCGAUCUAGUCCCUUUCAGUAACAAGUUGUAUACUGGAGACCUGCAAAAACGAGCGGGGAUCACAGCGGGACUAUGCAUUUUGAUAGAAAACAAGCCGGAAAAGAAAGGCGACCGGUACGAGGCGAUAUACAGCUUUUACUUCGGGGACUACGGUCACAUAUCGGUGCAGGGAGCGUAUUUGACGUACGAGGAUACGUACCUGGCGGUGACAGGCGGAUCGGGUGUGUUCGAGGGGGCGUAUGGCCAGGUGAAGCUUCAGCAGAUUGUAUUCCCCUUUAAACUCUUCUACACGUUUUACCUCAAGGGCAUCAAGGACCUUCCCCAGGAGCUUAUUGUCAAGCCCGUCGAGCCCAACCUCGGCGUCGAGCCCAUCGCUCCGGCCAAGGCCUGCGAGCCCCACGCCACCCUUCCCAACUUUACUAACUGAUGAUGAUGAUGAUGGCACUGGCCUUUGUGCUUUUGGCGAAUUCCUGUUGGAAUCGAGUGUUUUUUUUUUUUUAAAUGCGAAAUUGGUUGAAUUUAGAAGCAUUGCUUACAGAAGAUUUUAGAGAAGCAUGUAUGAAAGUGGAAUGGGCUUGUUGGUUGAGAUGGAAAUCAGGAUGGUGAUUGCCCACCACCUUCAUUUUGUUA